CGUGACAGACGCAGAGGUCUCUGUUUGAACGACGCACGCUUUGUUUUCCUACGAUGAAUCAGCUCCGAUAUAAUUGUCUCCGUCUGCGUGUUUACAGCCACAUUAGAGGAAGUUAACGCAGCUUUUUAACCAAUUACUCGACUCCUUGCUCUGAAUUAAUUACGUGUGAGCUGGAGAAGAUUCAAGGUUAAAGAACAAACACCUGUUGCACCUUCUUUACCUGCUUCGAACUUUUUUUUUUCUUUUUUUGACUGCAUUGCUGUCUGAACUUAAUACCGACGAUGGAAGCUUGACGUGGUGUUUUAAGAGGAGAGGAGACACCUGGUUUUGGACAAACUUUAACUUCUGGACUAAAGAUGGAUUCAACAAGACUGAGGGCAGAAGUUGUGGCACUGCUUUUCCUAAUAGUGGCGUCGGUGCAGAGUCGCUUUCUGGAGCCUCUCGAGCCCGUCACCUCCCUCCUCUCCCGCACGGAGAUCCAGACCAGGCUCCCCUGUCUCUACCAGCUGGAGGACGGGGAGAAGGUGGUGCAGGUCACCUGGCAGAAGGAGCUCCCCGGCGGCGGGAAGGACCAGAUCAUCACGGCCCACUUCACCGAUGGCCACACAGAGUUUGGGCGUUACGCCGGCCGGAUGAAGUUCGAGAGCAGCAACCCGACGCAGGACUCCACUCUGCUCAUCCUCGCCACGGAGGAGUCGGACGAGGGCAAAUACACCUGCCACAUCACCACCUUCCCCAGUGGAAACUUUGAGAGGCAGAUCGCUCUCACCGUCUGGGUUUUACCCAUCUCCAUCCUGGACCCGGUGGUCCUCACGGAGGGCCAGCCGUUCGGCGUGGCCGCCUCCUGCCGGGCCGUGGGCCGUCCCAUCCCCACGGUGGCGUGGGACACGGACCUGCCGGGUCAGUCCCAGGACCGCACCAGCGAGGCCGGCUCCGUGUCCAGCCACUACUCCCUCCACCCGCUGCGCAGCAUGAACGGGAAGAAGCUGGACUGUCUGGUGUCCCACCCCGGCCUGGAGCAGCCGCGCAGACUUUCCCACCGCCUGGAGGUGCAAUACCCCCCAGAUGCCACCAUCUCCACGCCUUCAGGACACUGGCAUGUGGGCCUGGAGAAAGCCGAGCUGGUGUGUGAAGUCGGAGGAUACCCCAAACCUGAGAACAUCACGUGGACAUGGAGAGGAGGAGCCCUGCCUGACGGGGUGUCCGUGGCCGGAGAGAAGCUGACUUUUUCUCGUGCCGUCCGCUCGAAUGACAGCGGGGUCUACGAGUGUUUGGUCAAGAACAACGUGGGGAAAGCAACGGCAGAGUUCCCCUUGACAAUAGGAGGUUUAAUUUGUAUUCCAGAUAGAUCUCAUCGCAUAGAAGAUGAACCUGCUGACAAGCGGCUGCUGAUCAUUAUCUGCGGCUCAGCCGGGGCUUUGGUCCUCCUCCUCAUCGUUGUCGUCGUGCUGGUCACCCGCUACCACCAACACAAGAACAAAAGGCUGGAGAUGGAGCUCUCAGAAAAAACGGAAGAAAUUAACAGCCUUUCCAGACAGGCCUCCUUCAGAAGAUUAAACUCAGCCAGCACAGACCUGAGGGUGCAGGGCGAGGAUUACGCCCUGCUCAGAGUAGACAGCCGAAUGAAAAACAGCCUCGCGUCUCUGGGGCGACCCAUCUACAAGGGCAGCCACUCCACCCUGGGCGGGAUGUGGGGGCCCCACACGGGCGUGGAGGUGGACGAGCUGGGGCGUCCCGUCGUCUGGACCGAAGGCAGGGAGAGCCUGAGGAGGGCCGAGCUGGAAGGGGAGCAGGAGGAGCGCAGGAAGCGCGUGGAGUCGUUCGUGAAGAGCAGCAACAUGUCGCUGGACUCAGGUCUUCCUUCAUCUCUGGUUCCCCUGAAGGCCCAGCAGGAGGACGGCACCGGACCCCGAGAACCGGACCUGGGCCACCCCAGGGAGUUGGACCCCCCGUGCGAAGUGGACUGGGCCCCGGAUCAGUCCGUGGUGGACGAACAGCAGGGCGACGAGGACAGCGGCUCCUACCAGAUCUCCGAAGCGCUCAACAAUCACUUUUACUACAGUAACGGGGUCCUCAGGCCCAGGCCGCACUCCAACGCCAUCCUCCUGAGCCCCCGGGGGCAUGUGAUCUAGACCUCAGCCUUCGGGGACCUCAGGUCUUAUGUCAUCAGUUUGUUUCGAACACGUUGAGUAGGUAACCGUCCUCAGGCGCCGCUCAAGUGACGACAAUGUCUUGCCUCCUAUUUGUAAGAUUUUGACCCUUUUAUAAUAAUCUAAUAACUGGACAACUUCUAUUUUUUAUUUUUAUUUUUGAGGACGUUUUUUUUUUUUUUUUUUUUUUUUGCCAUCUUGCCAAGAGUAAAGAGAGGAUGCAGGUGCUUUGAGAGAUCACCACAGAGCCACAAAUGAAGAUUCAGAUGAAAGAAGGUUUCGCCUUUCAUUAUAAAGACGCAAAGACCUUUGGUUCCGCUGGUGAAUUACAACCGGUUACACACUCUCGACACACAACGUCCCUCUCAGUCGUUUACAACGAAUAAAAAAAAAAACAUUCAGGGAGGAGACAUGGACAAAACUACAAGUCAAGGUGCAAAGUGUGCAGCUUGAGAAUAUUUGUGUAUAAGUAUAUAUAUAUAGAGAGAGAUAAUAAUAGAGCUGCUGUAUGUUUAUUAUUGUGUUGCUACCAAAAGGUCAAAAAAGGCUCUCGGACGCAGACAAAGUUAUUUAACCCGUCGACGUUCAUGGAGUAAGAAGCAGCGAAUGUGGUUCCAUGACCAGGUUUACAUCACGUCUACAUCAACCUUCAAGAGUGAAAGAAACUGUAAAUAGCUUCUGUAUAAAGCGCUGUGGGGCGAUGUCUUUUUUUGUUUUGUUUUGUUUCGUUUUUUUCAAAGAAACUGAAGAAGUGACAUGUAAAUGUUAAAAUUGUUUAUUCAAAACAAGUAAAGCAUGUGAAAAGUUA